GUCCUUUCGAAGUCCUUUGGCGAGCUUUUACGAGCUGGCUAACAUAAAUACAUUUGGCAAAUGCCGUUAACUGUUUCAGUUACAGCGGAACUUUCAAACCUUUUGGACGCGCUCGGCAAAAACAAAUCAGCUGCUUGCCGAUGGAUAUUUUUAAAAUCGAAUUAUUUGAUUUAAGUCGCAUGAAGUGAAUUAUGAAGUUAAAUAGACCACCAAUUUCGGAAUUUUAUCAUAUACAAUGCGAUGUAAAUAGCAGAGGAGUGUCUGAAUUGUGGACAUGUGAGAUACACCGGACAGCCCACAGAGCAUAAGAGAAUAGUUCAAAUAAUAAAAGAAAGCGUAGCAUAAAGCGAAAAUAGCGAGAACAACAACAGCAACAGCAGCACAAAGCACGCACAGGAAAUAAGUUAAACGGCAAAUUAAAACAACAACAACACCAAAGGCGCGAGGCGCAUACUAAUGCCAGCCGCGGCCAACGUUGACGGCAGUGCCGAUAGCGGCAGAGAGAGCAUUAUGCUUGUAGCGUCAAAACUAACACGCUGGUAGCUGCUAUAUGAGCUCAUUGCGCCCAUUGACAUCUCAAUUUAAAUACAGCAAAACAGAAGCAGCAUCAGCAAGAACAGCGACAGAAGCUACUAAAACCCCACCAUGGAGGGCGUUGGCGGUACAACUUCAGCAACAAAAAAGAGUACCCUGUCGGUGGAUCGUGCUGCAUUUCUCCUGCUGCGCGUAAAAAAGGCAUUCAAGAAGAAGAGACAACAACGCAAGGACCGACAGGCACAGCAUAGCGCUAGUGGAUGCAUGAGCGGCAACGGUCAACAGUCGCUCAGCAGCAGCCGUAAAUUUCCGCCAUUGUUACGGUCGCGCACUCUGCCCGCUAUUAUUGUACCUGGCCUUCCGGUUGUCUCGCUACGCACACAUACACAGCCAUUCCACUUGGAUUGUAAAAGCCGCAGUGGCAGCGCCAUUGGCCAUCGUUGGUCUGUGCUCAGCGCUGGCAGUGGAACUGGUGGUGGUGCAACUAGUGGUAGUGGCACCCACAACAACAACAACACCAAUUUAAGCAACAACAAUAACAACACGCUAAUGGUGAAGUCGUUGAAUUUACCAAAAGAUGAUUGCACACUGAUUUAUCGUCGAAAAUCGUCGGGCAGCUCGCCGCACGCACAUGCAGCACAUGCGGCCAUUCAACAGCAAGUGGCACAGCAAAAUUUAUACCUCCAUCAGCAACAUGUUGCCGAUAGUUCGACUUAUCAGCUAUCCGAUGAUUUCGAAUGCCACGCUGAUGGUUCGCUUCUGCUUAGGAUACCCUCACCACAAGCCGCGGCACCAUUACGCGGCUAUCCGAAUCGCCUGGGUGGAAAGAAACAUGUGACCACAGGCUCGGAGGCGACCACACCUAUGGUGAGGGAAUCUCAUCAUCUGCACGAUUUUGCCACUACCGACAGCAGCGGGUCGGGCGCGCAUACGACGUUCACGCGGUUGGCAAAAUUGCUGCAUCAAUCAAGAUCCACUCUGUUGCCACAGCCGCCGAUGUUGUUCGGUGAAAAUUUCGUCAUAGAGGCCAGGUCGAGGGCACAUCAGACCAACAGUCAAUCCAUAUUAGGCCUAGGCGAGGAUGCGCCGCGUCGUCUGUCCUGGGAAAGGCGCAAGGACAGCAGCGCGUUACAGCGCUCGGCCAGCAUCGAUUCUUUUGCGGAAAUCGUGUUUAGUGACCUGCCACGCCCAUCGCUGGACGUGCCACGCAGUGUGGUGGCCACGCCCACACCCUUCAGUAAGCGCCCAUCUGCGAGCAGCCUGUAUUCAACAUGUAGCAGCAUUGCGGCCGCUACAGCCGCCUCCGCCCAGGUGCACGCCCAGCUGAAUGUUAAUUAUGGCGACCUAACGACACAUCCACAUCAGCAUCAACUUCCACAACACCUAGGUAACUGCAGCAGCAUCGCCGCCAACAGCCGACGUGAGAGCAUGCUGAGUCCCUCAUCGACGCGGCGCAACAAGCUGACCCGUAUUAUUAAUGCCCUCUUCUCGGCGGUGGAGAAUGGACAUUUGGAGAAGGCACGAACCAUACUCGAAUCCACCGAUGUAGAUAUCAAUAGCAUCAAUAUAGAUGGCCUCUCGGCACUAGAUGUAGCCGUGUUGAGCAACAAUCGCUCAAUGACCAAGAUGUUGCUGCAGCAUGGCGCUCUGCAGGGCUCACAAUUUUCCGCAGAUAGCAUUGGCACCAAGCUGAAUGGCCUGCUCAAAGACGCCGAGACCCGCAUUCAUGAUCUCAGUGGACCAGAAGGUCUCUGUACACCCAUCUUCACCUCACGUCCUUCAAUAUCUAGCAUUAUAAUUGGCAAUGCUGGUUCCUCAGUCACCGGUUGCACGGGCAACGAGGUGGACAAGCAGAUUGGUAUUUCGGAGCGAAGGGUCAAGGGGCUACGUCGCAUGCUGCUAGGCUGGGACCAGACCCGACUACCAGAUGCGCCUGCCUCUGUUGUUGUCGAUGUCACUGGUGACACUUCCAUCAGCUUGCAAAUACUCGAACCUUUCGAAGGCGCCAUCGCCACCAAAUUUAAAAUUCAAUGGUCAACACGCGCCGACUUUAGCAAUGUCGUCGGCGAGCGGGAACUGUUCGAAUGGAUUAGCUUCCACGGCAACAUGGGCGCCCAUUGCCACAUAGCUGGACUCACCCAAGGACGACGGUACUUCCUACGCGGUGCCUGCGGCAAUGUUAAGGGUUGGGGUAGGUACCGCAACUCGGUGCCUGCGAGCGUUGUGCCCUCAACUUGGCGGGACUUAGAAAAUCGAGAGGAUCGUUCUUAUGGCUGCCAAUGCAUACUGGACAAUCUGUUCGCGGCAGUGCGUUUGGCUCGACCUGCAGAUGUCUCUGAGCUAACGCUAGAUCCCUGCAACGUGCAGCGACGCAAUCCCAAAAAGAAAACUACUAUUAAGCAGCUGUUUUCCGUCACCUCUAAAUUCCAGAAGACGCUGCGACGUGGCAUCUACUUCUCGUGUAUUGUGCACUGCGAUGAGAAAAUACUGGUGACUAGCGAGGAUUUUCCGCCCGUUAUUGAAAUCGAUGAGUCUUAUCCGAGUGCUCUACACAUGGACUACUAUUGGCUGAUGAAAGUUGCAUGCACAUGGGAGGAUGUGAAAUCUUUGCGUGCGGACAUGGAACGGAAUCUCAGUUCGCCCGUCCACUUUCGCACCAAGCUACUGUCGGCCGUUUGCCAGAUGCAAUCUGCACUAGGCAUUAUGGAUCUUGGCCAGCUGUACUAUAAACCCCUUCGAGAUGCACAGGGCACAGUAGUCCUCACCUGCAUACAGUCGGUGAAGAGUCAGAAGGCUGUAUCUAUUAUAAAUUCACGCUGGCUACCUGUUAACAAGCUAAAAAAAAAGCUGGGGGCUCUGCACGAGGAUUAUACCAUUAACGAGCUGCUUAUCUCAAGCAUUGGCGAGCAGCUACAUUAUCAACAGGCAGCAUUGCAACGGCUUGACCCAGGCCUCUAUUUGGGCUAUCUGAAGAUGCAGUGCUCGAUGGAUCAGAUACAGGUGGUGGUGCCGGUAAAGACGCCCAAUGUACUGCCCCAUUGCAAAGUUCGUGAGAAUAGCCACAUUACCGCCGAGGAGUGGCAGGUGCUGCAUCGCAUAAAGGACAGCAAAUCAAUACGACUGCCUCUUGACUUUAGUGUACCCAGCGAUAAUAAUGGCAAUGACAACGGCCAAGCCAAUGAAGUGCAGUGUCUUUUCCUACACGAUCUCAGUACAGCAAUGCAUAAGCUGUUCGACGGGAUGAGCAUUAAGCCAACGGAAGCUGCAACGCAUCGCCUUUAUGAUGUGGAGGUAAUCGAGCAUAGUCGUGACAUUAGCUUCCUCAUCGUCUGUCCCUCGGUGGAGGCAUCCUGUGCUGUACCUGGCCAAUCGGAGCUGCUGCUACAGCGCAAUGACUUCGUCAGCCUGAGUAUCCAAGCCUUCGAGAUGAUACAUCUGCGUACCUACCAGCCGGCUAUUGUGCAGAAAUACGCGCGACUCUCCUGCAUCCUCGAACUGGACACUGCGUUAGCCACACAUUCGCAUCGCCAGGCCUUCUCUAACAGCGAACUGCAAGCGGCCAAAGAGCGUCUAGCCACACUGCAGGACCUCAGCUCGAAUCUUACGAUCGUAUGGAAAAGCGUGCGCUGGCUAAUGGAUGUGGUUGCAUAUGCUCGAAAUAAGCAUGCUCAUCCAGUUUUAGCUAUACGCGAGUUACUGAAGUUUGUCGAGGAUCAGGAGAAACAAUUGCUGCAUCUGCCACAUCGCGAAUCCCGAUUCAGCAAGACGGGUCGCGGUAGCUGGCCAGGUCCAGGCGUCAAUGAAGAUGGGGACAAGUCAAGCAACAUUCCAGAGCAUUCGAAGUCUGAAACGAAUUUGGGUCAGCGCGAACUGACACCCAGCACGGCACAAGCCACCCCUUCUGAAGCAGGCAACAAGCAGCCACUAAAAGAGCAGCACCAAGAACAGAAGUCUCAACUACUCCAGGUGGGUGUCAGUGAAUAUACUGCUUCCACCUGUUCGGAUGUGUCGCUACGUAAGAACAGCGGCGACUCUGUUAGUUCCGCCUAUACCGCACGCAGCUUUGCAUCCGAUGGCAGCAACUGCGUGUUUGCUCUGCCUCCUUCGUACUCCGAUGAUACUCUGGCGGAUGCACUACGUCAUUCGCAAGCUACUACAGCGGCACAGCGUAAACGCACCAGCUCUCACACUGGAUCCAUUCCCACACCCCUCAUCACCGUACAUUGCUCCAGUUCAGUGCCGUAUCUAGCCGGCAGUAUCUCCGCCUUUGCAGGAGAUUUGGAGCAAAAAACACUAAAGCCAUCAGCCGCGGAGUAUAGGCUGAAGGCUGCAUCCAGCGUCAAUUUGCGUGAGGGUGGACUCUAUCUGAAGAGCUCUCCGGCAGAGCUGAAGCCUCCAAGCAGCGAUGAGCUAACUUCCAUGGCUCCUAGCACUUCGAAGACCUCCUCCACCAAGAGCCUGACCCAUCAAAGCAGCGAAGAGGACAGUGCCAGCUAUUCCAGCUUAAAUGCAGAGCAGGCUAUCAGCAGUACAGGUGCUGGCAUCAUUCAGGUGUACACCGCCUACAACACAGGUCUGGCCAGCGGAACCAGCCUCAAACUUCACGUGACGCCAAAGACGACGGCCAGAGAAGUGAUUAAUUUGGUUGUUAAGCAACUGAACAUGGCAGCCGUAUUAAAGGGAAGCAAAGGACCCAUCUAUAAUGCCGAUAUGCUCGACAACUUCUGUCUUGUCGCCGUCAUUGGCGCUCGUGAGCGUUGCCUUCGAGAUGACUUUAAACCCCUUCAGCUGCAGAGUCCUUGGAAGAAGGGUCGCCUCUACGUGAGACAGAAGCACGAGCUGCUCGCUGCUAUUGAACACUCUAAUCGUAAAUCUCAUUUGAUUUAAGAUCUGAAAGUGAAUUCAUAGGUAUAUUUGGUUUUCAUCUUUCUGGCCGCCAUGACUGGAAAUUUGGUAUAUAUGCGCACAUGUAUAUAUCCAUGAUACAUACAUAUAUCCAUGAUCAGAUAAAGACUUUACAAUUUUAUGUCUAGAGGCGUGUCACCACAAUAUCUUUUGCACAAUGUUUCUUGUCUCAUUUUCAUAUCACCUUGAUUUUACAAUAGAUUGUUAUUCAGUAGAAAGAACUAGUC